GCCUGAGGGGAGGAGAGAGGGGAGGAAGGGUGGGAGCAGGAGAAAGAGCGGAGGACUAGGACGGAGCGAGGAGGCCGCGGCGGGCGCAGCAGGCACUUUGGCCGGGCCGCCCCCGCGAGCAAGGCGCAGCCAUUCCGCUCCUCGGGGCGCCGCCGCCGCCACCACCGCGCCCGCGGGCCAUGCUCCCGCCACCCCCGCGCCAGCCGCCGCCCCAGGCGCGCGCGGCCCGCGGUGCGGUGCGCCUGCAGCGGGCCUUCCUGCGCGGCCCACUGGGCGUGCUCCGGCUGUUGCAGCUGGUGGCCGGCGCCUCCUUCUGGAUCACCAUCGCCACCAGCAGGUACCAGGGUCCUGUGCACUUCGCGCUCUUCGUGUCCGUGCUCUUCUGGCUGUUGACCCUGGGCCUCUACUUUCUCACGCUGCUGGGCAAGCACGAGCUGGUGCCCGUGCUGGGCUCACGCUGGCUCGUGGUCAACGUGGCUCACGACCUGCUGGCAGCUGCGCUCUAUGGCGCCGCGACAGCCAUCAUGAUCGACCAGACCCAGAAGCACAGCUACUGCAACCUCAAGGAUUACCAGAUGCCCUGCGCCUACCACGCCUUCCUGGCGGCCUCCGUCUGCGGCAGCCUCUGCCUGGGCCUUUACCUGCUCUCGGCGCUUUACGGCUGCUGCCGCCGCUGCCAGGGCGAGCAGGAGGUGGCGUGAGGACGCCCCGCCGCGGGGCGGGGGACCGUGAAGAGACCAGCGCCCCAGCCCUUCCGCCGCCCCGCGCGUAUACGCUCUGGCGCCCUCCCUUGCUCUGCCUUCCCGCCGCCUCCCGCGCCCGGGCCCCCUGACACGCAGUUCCUGCCAGAGGGCAGCGCCACCGCCCCGAGUCCAGACCACUGUGCGGGAUGCGCCGUCUCCAGGAGCCCGGGCAGGGCUACACCCGCAGGACGGACGCGCACUCAGACUGGCCUAACGGAGGCGAGACCUCGCGAUUCCUCUUCCCCUUUCCUGCUAAGAUCGAGACGUGGACAGGGCGCCGCGUAGAUCCGGGGAGGCUCCCAAAUUGUUAGCAGUCUUCUGGCUGCGCCCCUGCCUCCUCCCGGCUGCGCCCCUGCCUCCUCCCGGCCGCCCCGCGGUAGGAAGAACACUCCCUUUCCACGGCCCCUCUUCCAGCCCUGAGUGCUGUAAAAGACAGCAGGCAGCCGCGAGUGGAGCUGGGGACAGGCCUCCACUAGUUCCGGAAUGAGUUUGGUUUUAGUUUGGGAUUUUGCGGUCAACCUGCGCAGCCCUUUCUGGCCCGUGCCUCCGUACUUUGAUGUCUUGAGGUGGGGCCUAUCUCCAAAGGUGAGGAUGGAUGGUCAGGGCCUGUGGGCUCUAUUCUGGCGUCUGCCUGCUCCACCUUCGUCCUCGAGGUUCACCGAGGCCAGGCCCAAAUGCACACUAGCUUCCCAGCCUUCCUCUCACAGGCUUCCCGCUCCAUUCCCACCUCCCAGUAACUGUUUUGCAUUAGGGAUCCCACCCGACGGCCAGGGAAUGUUAGGGUGAGCCCCAUUCAGUUUUACAGAUGGAGCCCUAGAGCUGGCUCGGAAGAAAAGCCAGAAGAACGUGAGAACCCCAUCUCCCAGCUCCCAGUCCGGCGCUGUUUACGUGAAAACAGCAGCGUUCCUUGGGAUCCUGGCUCAGGAGCUACCCUCUAAAAGAGGGUUUCCGGGCCAAAUGGGUUUGUCAAAGGUGCUGCUCCUCCUUCUUGGAGAGUCACUAGCGCCGCAAAGGCGCUGAGAAGCCCUGCUGUAAAACAAGACAGAGUAGUGUUUACUGCCUCUGGGCCUGGAUCAGAUUUUGCCACUUAAGGGUAUCUGGCGGAACGUCCAAGCGGCCCCGCCCACAGGCUCUGGUCUGCUCGAAGAUUCAGGGUGCUCACUCUUUCCCGGGGACUUUCUCUAGCGGAGGGAGGGCCCAUCCGAUGGGGAAAACAGCUGCUGCUGACAGGCCAGUGCGAGGCCCCAGGGACUGGUGGGUCCGGACGUUCCUUCACAUCGUUGGGGAAACAAAGCCCAAGUUCUCCAGCUGGUUUCCCAGUCAAAAGGCACGUCACUUGUGAGAGAUCCUGGCGCUGACCGCUGGUCACACUCACCGAGGGCAGAAGAAAGCCCUCUGGAGCUGGGGUGAGCAGCUGGCCCGGCCGCUGCAAGGUUUCCGUGUUGCAGGUGCCAUGGAGAUUCCCAGGGUUGCUUCCUUGGACAGGCAAUACCAUUCUGGCCUGUAUUAGCACAGGUUUUGCAGUGGGGAGAGGGAAGGAUUGGUUUCUCAUCAACACCAUCCAGUUGGCGAGCCAAGAUGGGCGAAGAUUUGUUUUGCCUCAGCAUAAGAAAAACCCUGCUUCUCUUUGUGCUGUGACUUGGACACAAGAUUCCAAACACCUGGAACUGAGCUGGGUGCCUCCCUGCCCUAAACGAUGGGUUUUGGCUCCAGCUUUUGUUCCUUUUCUCUUUUGUUAGACACCGUGUAAGCUACAUCCUCAGCUCAGAUCCAGGCCCGGGAGGAUGUCUUCUGAGCGCCCCCAGCCCAUGGUGCUUUGUCUGUGGUCAGGUGACCUUACUCAGGAGCAGAUUUCUCCUUGGCCUUCUUGGUACCUUAUUUGUCCAGAUGUGCCUGACACAUUCCAGUGCUUACUGGCUCUUCUAGAUGUGCCUUCUGCUUGGCCUCCGGCUGCUUCUCCAGAUGGGAGAAGGGUAUGUGAGAUGGCCCUGCACCCAUCCCCUCCUCCCCUUGAGGCCCUGUGCCAGAGGAACAGCCACCUGACCUGGCCCAGAACUUUUGGAUACUGGAGGCAAUUUCACUGGCCUUUCUCUCUGGACUGCAGGACUGUCUAGCCCAAGCCUGCCGUGGGCUGCUCCCAGCACAGAGUCUGGGAUCACACUCGGACCCAGGGGAGGCUUUUUCCAGCAUUCUACAGAGGCCAAAAGAAAGGGUGGGUGUGGGAGGGGUGAUGGGUUGUAGGGAGAGGGGACCAAAGUGCCUCAUUUAAGAGUUUGGUGGUGAUUACUAACAUGCUUUUCCGAAUAAAGUUUGGUCUGUCUGA